CCUUGUUUCCAGCCACUGGCCAGUUUGAGAAAGGCCCGCUUGAGUUCUCUUCGUUCGCGAAACCCUGGAACUGUGCUAUUGGUUCGCGCCAUCGAAGAGCCUCUUCAGAUAGGAACUCUUUAUCCCGGAAUGAAUGUCGUUGAGGAUACCACUCAAGACGUCAGUCAUCUGGAAGUCUUCUUCCCUAGUACUUCACCACCAGUAGCCAUACUCAAGCGAGGCACUGUACUCGCCAUCAAGGAACCCCUCUUUGUCAUGAAUCAUGGCAGAAAGGUUGUCAGAGUCGUUCAACCCUCCAACAUCAUGGUUCUCAAGUCUGAGCACGAGAUGUACCCCAAGAUGUUUCAGGGGCCUUCUGUAUCACCCGAGAGGACGGCUUUGGAGUGGCGUGUUGAAGGCGACGACGCUUUGACCAGAGGCAAUCAUACCGAAGCAAUGGACUGGUACGUCAAUGUAUCUACUGCCACUCGAGCAUCAGACCUACGGCAAUGCAUCUACGAAAGUCGUGCGGAUGCCGCGAUGCGUGCUGGGCUCUACGAUCUAGCACUGGAAGAUGCAAAGCUCGUCCUCUUCGCAUCAAAGGCACAGACGAAAGCAGAACGCAGCAAUGCGUUGUACCUUGCAGGCAGCGCUUCGUACGAGCUACGCAAGUUUGCAUUGGCAGAGGAAUACUUUCGAAGAUUCCUUACCACCUGUCCGAAUGGCACCCAGGGCUUGCGGCGACUUCACAGAACUCAAGAGAGACUACGUGAAGAGAGUACAGGAGCGUAUGAUUACGCAGCCAUGCUGAGCCAGCAGACCUUUGCCGAUCAUGCUACUUUCGUCAACAAGACGGAGGUUCGAGAUUCGGAGGAUCAUGGGCGCGGACUGUAUGCAAGAGAUGAUAUCAAGUGUGGUGAGCUUGUGUUUUGCGAAAAGGCGUUCGCGAUCUCGCAUCCUCCGCUAAAUUUUCCAAGCGGCCCGUACGCGGUCGAGUACAGCAACUACUAUGGCGGCUGUGGGAAGGGCGUUGCUGCACUAUGGCUGCGAGCAGUGCAAAAAGUCUUUGCCAAUACGUCCCACGCCAAAGAGUUAUUAACACUAUACGGCGGUAUGUCGUACGUAAAAGACACGGAUGCGCUUCUUGUCGAUGGACAACUCGCGAUAGAUGUCUAUCAAGUUUUGCAGAUCAUCGAUCAUAACGUUUACAGCUUCGAAGCUGGACACGCUCAGGAGCCUUACGGCACAACCAGACACACAGCCCACGAGGAGCGAGAAUCAGUCGGCCUCUUUCAGCACGCGUCAUACAUGAACCACAGCUGCUUGAACAACACGAGUAGGAGUAUGACAGGCGAUAUGAUGAUCGUGAGAGCAAACAAAGCAAUAGCCAAGGGCACUGAGAUAACGACAUGCUAUCUGUCGCCCAACAUUGGAGAACCGAGACGCAGUGCUGAGUUGAAUCGGAUCUGGAAGUUUCAAUGCGACUGCAGGCUUUGCGCCAGCGAGAAUGCUUGCGAAGUCGACUGGAAGCCAAUUUUCGAUGAGAUUCGGUGUCACAGGCUAUUGCCAGAUCUGCACGACGCAGCCCUCUUGCGAGACAAGAUCAACAAGGCACAAGAACUGGUAGCGACUUUUGAGAAGUGCUAUCCUGAGCACUUGUUUGAGGUGGGACAGAUGCCCAGAGUUGCUCUACGAGAGUUAGAGGAGAUUCUCAUGGAAGCAAACAGUCGUGUAGGCAAUCAUGAAAGAUCGUGCGAGCAUGCAAUGAGUCUCGUUCGAGAUAGCGGCUACGGAAUCUUGGCGGAGGAGACAUCGGUUUCGAUGGGUUGCAAAAACGGGAUCCCGAGUAAGGGUCUGGUGGAUGCGCUGUAUCUGCUGUCGAAGCACGAGACUCGGCAAGAAAUUGCAAAAGAGUACCUGUGCUUGGCCAAACGGAUGUAUCUGACCAUCAACGGUACAUCUAACGCAUGGGAAGUGGCGUACGGAGAGCCUGAUCCUCAAUCAUGA